AUGGCAGAGCAGCAGCAGCAGCAUGCGUCCGUAGUGGUGGCAGCCGCGCCGCGCGAGUACCAGCUCAGCGUGCGGCAACAGCCGAAGCAGGCGAGGAUGAUGAGCUGGUCACCAGCCGACCGUCGCCCGAUCGACCCCCCGCCCAUCGUACAGCUCCGUGUCAUCGAGCGUGGGAACGUCACCGUACCCAAACCGCAACAGGCUCAACAGCCCACCGCGCCGCUCAGCCCGAGUCCGAGUCCGCCGCCAGGAGGCGCGCCCAGCACCAGCAAUCCUGUCGCCGUUGCCGAGGGUCCGAGCGCUGGCCAGGGCGUCCUGCGCGCCGCGGGAGAUGGCGCGACGGCCAUCGACGCAAGCAUGCUUACACCCAGCGGGUUUGGCGCGGGAUACCUCCAGAAUCCGUAUUACUUCAUGUUCGCAUCACUGGCGAAACCGGACGAGGACACCGAGUUGCACUGGAUGAAGGACGGCAAGACAAGAUGUACGACUGGAAGUGUCGUCUCGAGUCUGUACCAUCUCAAGGACGCCGAGAACGAUAACCGCGAUGCUGGAUUCUUCGUGUUCCCUGACUUGAGCGUGCGCCAAGAAGGGAGUUACAGGUUAAAGCUCAGCCUGUUUGAGGUUGUUGGGAGCAACGUGUUCCAUUGCAAGAGCAUAUUCUCGUCGCCAUUCUACGUGUAUACGGCGAAGAAGUUCCCUGGUAUGGAGGAGAGUACGCCGUUGUCAUGCUCGUUGGCCGAGCAAGGCAUCAAGAUCCGUAUACGCAAGGACAUUCGCCAACGCAAGCCGCGGCCUGGAGCUCCUUCGUUCCCUGCUGGCUUUGGGGCCAUUCCUGCGCCCGUACCGAUUCCUGAAGCGGACGAAGAAGAGAACGACGAGCAUACGGAGACGACCAAUGCCCACGAUCGCCUCGCGCGCCUGAGCAUGGAGGCCCACGCUCAGCAACUUCAGCGCCACCGACAAGAGCUCCAGAAGCGCGAUCGCGAAGAGUGGGAACAACACAACCAUCCUGGCCCGGACGAUCACGCUCGCAAGCGCCAGAGGACGCUCGAAGGCGAGGAGGACGUGCGCAUGCAACCUCCGCCACAACAGGCGCCUCCGCCGCCGGCCCGUCGUCCCGCGUCCGAAUGGGGCAUCGAUCCCGCCCUCGCACCGGGAGGUGCCGGCGCCGCAUCCGCCAGCGCCCCGCCCCCUCAGCCUGCUUCGGCACCACCCGCGGCAGCGCCAGCCCCGCAUCCCGCUCCUGCCUCGUACGAACGACCGCCGCCGCCGCCGCACGGGUACUACCACCCUCCGCCUCCUUCGUCCUCGGAAGGUCCAACGCCUGCGCCUGCGCCUGGUCCUCCGCCCCACGCGUACUACGCGCCUCCGCCUGCCGCGCAUUAUCCGCCUCCUCCGUGGGGCGAAUCGCCGCAUCACCCGCAUCACCCGCCGUACUAUCAUUACCCACCGCCUGCGGCGCACUAUCCUCCGCCAGAUUAUCGUUCAGGGUACCCGCCAGCGCCUGGCUAUCCGCCCGCUGCUGGCCAGGGUUACUACCCUCCGCCACCAGGCGCGUAUCGCGAAGCAGCGUAUCCGUACGGGUACCCUGGCUACGCACAGCCGCCUCCCCCGCAACAGCAGCAGCCCGCUGCACAACAGCCUCCGCAGAGCCAGGCGGCGACGAGUACCGCGAGCCCGAGUAGCCCGCGUGCGAGUGCGCCUCCUUCGAGUGCUCCGCAACAAGGGUUCCCGCCGAGUAGUCAGUAUGGCUACUCGCAGCCUCCGCCUGCUCCCGCUGCUCAGCCUCCACGACCUGUAUCGCCUGGAGGUGGUAGUGCAUCUGCGCCUCCUCCGGCUGCUUAUGGGUAUAGUCAGCCCCGCUACCCGUCGCCGCCUCCUGCCGCAUCUGCGCCUCCGCCUCCACAACCCCAACAACCUCCUCCGCAGCCCGCGCAAUCGCAGAGCCAACCUCCUGCUCCCGCGCCCGGGCCGUACUACGCCCAGAGCUACUACCCUCCACCUCCGCAAUGGUACUACCCGCACGCCCCGCCGCGCGCAGACGCGCCUGGCGCAGCACCGGCGUACCAGCCACCCGUGCAGCACCGGGAACAGUAUCCUCCGCGCGAUACAUAUGCGCCGAGGCAGUACGAGUAUCCGCCGCAGCCGGGUCAGCCGGGGCAGACGAGGAGUCCGAGGACGGACGAGAGGUAUGGGAGGGCGGAAGAGAGGGAACGGAGGAAUUCGGGUGGGCCGGGGGGACGGAUGGCUGUUGGGAGUAUGUUGGCGGAGGAGGAACAGCGUUGA